AUGAUGAGUUUUGCAAUCACUUCAAUUAUUCUUACUGUCUUGAUUCUUGCCUGGUUACGCUUCAGAAAGCGGGAAAAACCGAAGAAAGCCCUCACUAGGAAUUGGGCGAGUGUUAUAAAUGAUAUUGAGCCUGUCGACCCAAACUUCAAUUGGGAAACAUGCGAACCAUUGAAACUCCGCCCAUUUAUUGGCAAGAGAGACUUCAAUCCCCUGAUGGGUGUGAGGGACAUGACGAUGAACAAACAUGACUGGCUUCGGAUCGAGAAGGACUACGCUGAGAACAUGAAGAUCAAAAACGACUUAUGCCAAAAUAGACCAGACGAUAUGAUGUUUGCUCACAAUGAUGACAAAACCAAUCUAGCAUUGAAAGAAUUUUACGUCAUGGUCGUUCGGUUUUUUACGCAACGUUAUCCGACUCUCUUCCCAGUGAAAAAUGGUGAUGUCUUCAACACGAUUUUGAACUUAUCUUGUCCCGUAUCGCCCGAUGGUCAAACUAAUUAUGAAUUGAUGGUUAAUUUGAAUAAGCUCUUGGAUGAGGAUUAUCUUAUUCUUUUAAAAGAUAAUGAAGAAGAUGAAGAGUUUGUCUUGCGAGUUCUGGUGAAUGCUGCACCCGCAGGAUUUGACCCCAAACGUGGUCACAAUAUGCCAGUUAGCCAUAUACAUUCACCAGUACCCCAAUAUCGUGAGCGGUUGAAGAUGUCAAUGAGUAAGUUUUUCGCAAACAUGCUUCCAAAAAAAUUAUGGGUCAGAACCAAUUGGUCCAUUCAGACGCAUGCAACUCGGUUCAAUUUGAAUUCACUUCAUGGUAGAGAGGGAGACGUUAUGAGGCCACUCACCCGAGAUGAGUUGGACAUCGACAACUGUCGGUUACGUGUUGAACGGCAAAUAUUCACCAGACUUCCACAAUCGAAAGGGAUGAUUAUGAUCAUACGCACUUAUUUGACUCCAAUUGCUGAAAUAAAGGCAGAAGGUCAUGCAGAUGAGUUGGUAUAUGGCAUUGAGUCACUCCCUGAUGACUUGGCAUUCUACAAGCGCCGCAAUGAAUGGGGAGACGCUAUUGUAGUCUAUUUGAAAGAAAAAGCUGAGGUGUGA